AUGGCGGUUUUGGCUGGGGAUUUCCUGUUGAGUCGUGCUUCGGUUGCUCUUGCACGUCUGCGUGAUGCAGAAGUUACUGAGCUACUUGCUACAGUCAUUGCGAAUCUCGUUGAGGGAGAAUUUAUGCAAUUGAAGAAUACUGCGCAAGAUGAGAAAAACCCUGUUUGGACCGAAGAAACCAUCUCUUACUACCUACAAAAGACAUACUUGAAAAGCGCAAGCUUAAUAUCAAAAUCAUGUCGAGCGGCGGCUUUACUUGGAGGAUCAGAUGCUGUUACAGUUGACGCAGCAUAUGAUUAUGGUAAAAACUUAGGAUUAGCAUUUCAACUAGUUGAUGAUAUGUUGGAUUAUACAAUUACCGAGAAAGAGUUGGGAAAACCAGCUGGCGCCGAUUUAGAACUGGGUCUUGCGACCGCACCGUUAAUAUUUGCGUGGAAGAACAAUAGGGAAUUGGGUUCCUUGGUGGGAAGGAAGUUUUCUCAAGAAGGGGAUGUCUUGCGGGCAAGAGAAUUAGUGCUACAAAGCGAUGGCUUGGAGCAGACUCGUGCCUUGGCCGAAGAGUAUGCCAACCGAGCCAUUUCUGCAAUUAGUGCAUUUCCCGAGAGCGAAGCCAAAGAUGGUCUGAUAGAAAUGGCCGAUAAAACUUUGAAACGAAGGAAAUGA